AUGGACGGAAGAAAAGAUUUGGACAGGCAGCUGGACCCUCCUGCCAUCUUCAGAGCUCCAAGGCCCAGGGGUCCCAAAGGACUGAUCCCACCAUCACAUUUCCAGAGCCGGUCAGCACCUCCCCUAACGGCUCCCGUUGCAGGGCCUUGGAAUGCUACUGCUUUACCUAAUUGGGAGGCAGCUGAACUCAGACGAGAAAAUCAGCGAUUAAAGGACGAACUUCGUAGAUGGGCCCCGACAGGAGAUACGGUCAGCGGGGGCAGAGUGCCAGACAAAACCGAAGAAGCUGGAGCCAGAACCAGGUCCCUGGACAGAGAAGCUGAGCCCUCAAGUGUGCGUCACACAUUGGCCAUGUCCCAACAGGCUGAGAUUAUUUCACACCAGCUUCACGAGAUCCAGAGGCUAGAGGCUGAGCUUGCUUCCCUGCGAGUUGCAACUGCCCAGCAUGAGGCAACAGCAGCCAGUCGAGAAAAUACCCUAUCCCACCUUCACGGGGAGCUGACAGAGCUCAGAAGGCAAAGCCAGCUAGAAUCCGCUGCCUUGAAGGCAGAGCUGGAGGAAGUCAGAGGGAGCAGCAGACUGAAGCUUGAGGCCCUGAAGGAAGAACUAGAGCAGCUGAGGAGCCAGGCUGGCUUAGAAGCAGAUGGCUUGAGAGAGGAACUCAAGUCGGCCAAGGAAAGAUACGUUCAUGAAAUUGGAUUGGCACGGGUCGAGUUGCAGGGGGCACUUGAAGAGGCAAAAGCUGAGCGGAAAAGGCAGGAGGAGAGAGCCCAAGGCUGCCUACAGGCUGUGCUCAAGGAGCACCAGGCUGAGUUGUCUAGACUUUCUGAAGGUCACAAAGUGGAAGUUUCUUCCUUGAAACAUCAAAUGCAAGCACUCCAGAAGGAUCUGGAAGCGCAGCAGAAGGAAGCUGCCCAACUCCGAGAGGAAAGAGAUGUUGUCCAGAAUCAGCUCAGUGUGGUCAAGGCAGAGCUGGCUUCCCAGAAUGCUUUGCUGAUGCAGCUGAAGACCUAUGUUGGGGAGCAGGAGUUAAGGAAGCCCAGUCCGGAGCGGGAGCAGCUGAUCAGUAGAGUUCAGCACCUGGAAGAGGAAAAGGAGGCCCUGAAAGCAACAGCUGAGCUCCUGCAGAUUCGUCUGGCAUCACUCAGUGAUAUCCUGACUCUACAGGAGACAGAGCUUGCCAGGAAGGUCCCCCUCAAGGAUCCUCUUCAAUCUGAGCCAUCUCAGAAACUUCAGUGCCUGCUGAGCCAGUGGCGGGAGAAAGUCUUUUCUCUCUUGGUGCAGCUGAAAUCUCAGGAGCUUUGCCACGUGGACACCACUAGCCUGCUGCAGAGAAAGACUCUUAAUUCAGAAGUGUCACACUCUAAAGAACUGGCACAGAAACUCCAUCAGAGGGUAGAGGCUGGUGAAAAUGCCCUCCGGGGACUGGUGGAGUUGGUCAGCAGGCUACACCAACAACUGAUGGACCAGGAGGAGGCCUGGAAAGCAGCCUUGUCGCGCCUGCUGGGACUGGGAAACAGAAUCUCCUUUGCAGCCAAGAGAGUUGACACCAUCCAAGGACUGGUAUGCCGGAAAAUAGCACUAGCUAAGCUUCAGCAAGGGGAGAAAUCUGGCCCUACUAGAUCGGACCAGGACAGGCUUCAUCCACCUUACGAAGACCUGCAAGCUGAGUUACAGAUGCUGCAUGAGGAGAGGGACCGGCUCUCAAUGGAGCUCAAACGGGGGGCGCAGCUUAUAGAGAAGAAGGUGGCUGAAGUGCAAGACAAAGCAGAGUCUGACCUCAAGGAACUGAGGGAGACGGCCCAGUGCCUGCAGGGAGCUCUAGAGGGGAAGGUGACGAUGGAGCAGGCACUGAGGCAACAGCUGGAGGCCACGGAGAGGCAGCGGGAGGAAGCGCACACGGACUUGCGGAAGGCCGAGGAGGCGGCAGAGAGCCUGAGGCAGGAGCUGGGGCAUUUACGAGAGGAAUACGAGAGAGCCCUGCAGGAGAAGGUGACGGAAGUGGAAACGCAGCUGCACAAGGAUCUGUCAGAAAUGGAAAAAAAGCUCAAUGAAGCACGGCGGGAGCACACGAAGGCAGUGGUUGCCCUACGCCAGGCUGAGCGACAGGCAGCAAGGGACAAAGCACAUAGCGAAGAGCUGGCCAAGCUGCAGGAUGCCGCCACGCGACAGGAAACGGCACGCCUUGAAGCAUGUCUGCAGGAGCUCAAGAGGGACAAGAACCUGCUGAUGGCAACUUUGCGACAGGAGGGGAUGUUAGCGCAGUGUCGGCAGAAUCGGCAGGGGGCAAUCCAAGCCUCAGCAGAAUUGACUGAACAGGGAGCAACUCAGAUGCCAUCUAAAGAAUCCCUCUCUGCUGUGCUGAGUGAUCUGCAGGCCCUGAGUGCAGCCAUCUUGGAUGAAGAGAAGGCUGAAGAAAAGCCCGAUGAAGAUGGAGGCACCAGUGCAGACACCUGAGAGCCACUUACUGAAGGAGGAUUUU